UGCCAUCUCAGCACAAUUUUGUUCCUCAAAACCAAGUCAGUACUCAGUAGUACUAGUACAGUAUCACACAAUGCGUGCCUCACUGCACUCAAAUCCUCUCUCAUUCCCUUCUCUUCAAGUUAAAUAAACCCACCACACCAUUCUCUCAACUCUCACUCCCACAACAAUGAACAACCAACUCCAAUUCCAAUUCCAAUUCCAAUUCCAAUUCCAAUUCCUCCUCUACAUCACACUCCUCACCAACGUCGUCGUUUCACUCAACCAAGAAGGCCUCUACCUCUACCAAUUCAAACUCACCCUCGACGACCCAGACUCCAAACUCACCUCAUGGAACCCACGUGACACCACCCCUUGCAACACCCUCACCCCUUGGUACGGCGUCAUUUGCGACUCCGCCACCAACUCCACCGUCACCGCCCUCGACCUCUCCGACACCAACAUCGCCGGCCCAUUCACCGCCUCCAUCCUCUGCCGCCUCCCCAACCUCACCUCCAUCAACCUCUUCAACAACUCCAUCAACCAAACACUCCCCCCUCACCAAAUCACCCUCUGCAAAAGCCUCACCCACCUCGACCUCUCUCAGAAUCUCCUCACCGGAACUCUCCCGGAGACUCUCCCCCUCCUCCCCAACCUCCGCUACCUCGACCUCACCGGUAACAACUUCUCCGGCGUCAUCCCUCCCUCCUUCGGAACAUUCCAGAGCCUCGAGAUUCUCUCCUUGGUUUCCAACCUUCUAGAAGGUACCAUUCCUCCUUCACUCGGCACGUUAACCACCUUGAAAAUGCUGAACCUCUCUUACAACCCGUUUUACCCGGGUCGGAUCCCGCCGGAGAUUGGCAACCUCACCAACCUCGAGGUGCUCUGGCUAACCCAGUGCAACCUUGUCGGCGUUAUUCCUGAUUCAAUCGGGAACUUGAAGAAGCUCAAGGACUUGGACCUUGCGCUGAACGAUUUGUACGGUUCUAUACCGAGUUCGCUCACUGGGUUAACCAGCUUGCGGCAGAUUGAGCUCUAUAACAACUCGCUCUCCGGCGAGUUGCCGAGGGGGAUGGGGAACCUCACUGAGCUGAGGCUGCUCGACGCGUCGAUGAACCAUUUGACAGGGAGGAUACCGGAGGAGCUUUGUUCGUUGCCGCUGGAGAGCUUGAAUCUGUAUGAGAAUCGGUUCGAGGGCGAGUUGCCGGCGAGUAUAGCUGACUCGCCGAAUCUCUACGAGUUGAGGUUGUUUGGGAAUCGGUUAACCGGGAAGUUGCCGGCGAAUCUCGGGAAGCGGGGUCCUCUGAGGUGGCUUGACGUUUCGAGCAACCAGUUCUGGGGGCCAAUUCCGGCGAGUUUGUGUGAUCUCGGGGAGCUGGAGGAGCUUCUGAUGAUAUAUAAUUUGUUCUCCGGUGAGGUUCCGGCGAGCCUCGGCACGUGUCAGAGUUUAACGCGGGUCCGGCUCGGUUUCAACCGAUUCUCCGGCGAGGUUCCGGCGGGGAUCUGGGGUUUGCCGCAUGUGUACCUUCUCGAGCUAGCUCACAACUCGUUUUCCGGUCCCAUUGCGAGGACCAUUGCCGGAGCGGGGAACCUGUCGUUGUUGAUUCUAACGAAGAACAAUUUCUCGGGAACGGUUCCUUAUGAGAUUGGGUGGCUGGAAAAUCUGGUGGAGUUUUCUGGCGGUGAUAACAUGUUCAGUGGCGCGCUACCCGAUAGCAUUGCGAAUCUUGGGCAGCUUGGGAUUCUUGAUUUUCACAACAAUAGGCUCUCUGGGGAGCUUCCAAAGGGGAUUGGGUCUUUGAAGAAGCUCAAUGAUUUGAAUUUGGCAAACAAUGAGAUUGGUGGGAAGAUUCCUGAUGAGAUUGGGAGCUUGUCUGUGUUGAAUUUUCUUGAUCUUUCUAGGAAUCAUUUUUCAGGGAAAGUCCCUCAUGGGUUGCAGAAUCUGAAGUUGAAUCAGUUCAAUUUGUCUUAUAAUCAUCUUUCUGGGGAGCUUCCACCUCAGUUGGCUAAGGAAAUGUACAGGACUAGUUUCCUGGGUAAUCCUGGGUUGUGUGGGGAUUUGAAAGGUUUGUGUGAUGGCAGGAGCCAAGUGAAAAGUGCAGGUUAUGUUUGGCUUCUUCGAGCGAUCUUCAUGGUUGCCAUAUUGGUGUUCCUCGUCGGUGUGGUCUGGUUCUACUUCAAGUAUAAGAAUUUCAAGGAUGCGAAGAGGGCUAUUGAUAAGUCCAAAUGGACGUUGAUGUCGUUUCAUAAACUGGGUUUUGGUGAGGAUGAGAUCUUGAAUUGCCUCGAUGAAGAUAAUGUGAUUGGAAGUGGUUCAUCGGGGAAGGUCUAUAAGGUUGUGCUUAGCAGCGGGGAGGCUGUUGCGGUGAAGAAGAUAUGGGGAGGGGUCAAGAAGGAAGCGGACAGUGGGGAUCUCGAGAAGGGUAGGGUUCAUGACAAUGCUUUCGAUGCAGAAGUUGAAACUUUGGGGAAAAUCAGGCACAAGAACAUUGUCAAGCUUUGGUGUUGCUGUACCACUAGGGACUGCAAGCUCUUGGUGUAUGAGUAUAUGCCCAAUGGCAGUCUUGGUGACUUGCUUCAUAGCAGUAAAGGGGGGUUGUUGGAUUGGCCAACAAGAUACAAUAUAGCUGUUGAUGCUGCUGAAGGCCUCUCUUAUCUGCAUCAUGAUUGUGUUCCGGCAAUUGUUCAUAGAGAUAUAAAGUCUAACAAUAUCUUGCUGGACGGGGACUUUGGUGCAAGGGUAGCAGAUUUUGGAGUAGCUAAGGCGGUCGAAACCACGGCAAAAGGAACUAAAUCCAUGUCUGUCAUAGCUGGCUCUUGUGGGUAUAUUGCACCAGAGUAUGCAUACACGCUUAGAGUAAAUGAGAAGAGUGACAUAUACAGUUUCGGUGUUGUGAUACUUGAGUUGGUAUCCGGAAGACGCCCUGUCGAUCCGGAAUUUGGGGAGAAAGACUUGGUUAAGUGGGCUUGCACUACCUUGGAUCAGAAAGGGAUUGAUCAUGUACUUGAUUCCAGGCUUGAUUCUUGUUUCAAAGAUGAAAUUAGCAAAGUCUUCAACAUUGGCCUCAUGUGCACUAGUCCUCUUCCAAUCAAUAGGCCUUCAAUGAGAAGAGUGGUGAAGAUGUUGCAAGAGGUAGGAGCAGAGAGCCACACGAAGCCUGCGAAGAAAGACGGCAAAUUAACCCCUUAUUACUAUGAGGAUGCCUCAGAUCAUGGAAGUGUUGCUUAAUUUAAAUCCUUGCUAGGGUUGGAUUAUUUGAUCUGAAAGGGGAGUUUGAAGCUUUUCUUUUACUAUAGGCCAACUUCCCUCCAUAUUUUUCCAAGAAUGCUAUGCUGGUUAACAAUACAAAGUUGACUGAAGAAAACAGAGAGGAUUCUGUUUUCAAUUUUGGGGGGAAAAUAGAGGCUUGAAGAGUUGAUGUUUGCCCUAUGAAGUAGGUUGGUAGGACCAUAUAUGAAGAUGCUUCCCUGCUAAAUAUAAGUUGGUAUUAGCAUAACAAACUAUAUUAAAAAUUAUAUCUCCAUGCUUAAUAGGAUCUCUUUUAGGUAUAUUUAAUUUGUUAAAAUUAUUUUUACCUGUCUCAUGGGUCAGGUUUGGUUUAAAAUUGUAAUGUCAAUGGCUUUCAAA